AUGUUUCUGCUUCACGAAUAUGAUAUUUUUUGGACAUUUCUAAUAAUAGCAAGCCUUAUUCUUAUUUUGGUAUUUUCGAUUUCAGGACUUUUAGCCCCGGUUAGUGAAGGACCAGAGAAGCUUUCUAGUUAUGAAUCGGGUAUAGAACCCAUGGGAGGGGCUUGGGUACAAUUCCGAAUACGCUAUUAUAUGUUUGCGCUCGUUUUUGUUGUUUUUGAUGUGGAAACCGUCUUUCUAUACCCUUGGCAAUGA